GACUCGGAGUGCUCGCAAGAGAGGCAAAAAAAGCCCAGCAAGAGCCUGACGCCCUUGCCAAUCAUUGUCCCCAGGUGAUGCAUCACAGAAGCAACGACCCUCCCCGCCUAGACCCCUUCGCGCCCCUCAGUGCGUUGUCCAAACCCGGUAGCCAGUCGUCCGGCUCGCAAGCUACCCAGGCUAGUCUACCUGUCGACUUGCUUAUAGCAACUUCCCUGUCACUACCGGCUUCCCCCAACGCACUUACAGUGCAACAUUAUUAGACCCGGUCAACCCCAGUCGGGCUACAGUAGUACGUACGCAUCUCAUUGAACGUACAUACAUAGUUAACCCAUUGAGAGG